GCAGAAUGUAGGCUGGGCUUUUAAGGCUGGGGAAUUCAUGAAAAUGGUGGCUUGGAAAUACUGACAGCUUGUGUGAGGAUAAGGAAACCAAGAGAUUGGCCUCAGAGUCAGAGAAGCAAACCGUAAUGGCAGAUGCUGGGCAGAUCAGAAAGACAGCAGUCAAGGUUCUGGGCUGUGUGGAGAAGGUCUCCUCCUUUGCCUCUUCCAUCGACCCCCUGUUUGGCAUCGUCUCCUCCCUGGUGGGGGUGGCACGAGUGGGACUUGUGGGCGAGGAGGCACACGCCCUGGACAAGGACUUCCAGGCAGUCCACAAUAAGUUGGAGAGCAUAUCGAAGAAGAACCGCCAGUGCCUGCGACAGAUCCGCGUGGAUGAGGUCAAUGAGACCUUCGGCAAGUAUGAGGAGUACAUUAAGCACCAGUACGGCGCUUUCAACACCAUGGUGGCAUUGGUGAAAAAGGCCCCAGAAGAUGCGCAGAGGCACAUGGCCGAAUUUGAACGGGUUUACGAGAGGGACAAGGGUGACAUGAGCCUGGACGUGUUCUACAGGGGAGUCAUGGGCACUGGGUCGCUGUUCGGAAGGCCCCUGCUGAAGGUGUACCUGGAGCACUGUGACGGAGACCGCAGGGUCAUGGAGCACCGGUGUUCCCACCUUGGCCACCUGUUCCAAAUCGGCCUGAUCGCCCUCAUGGCCUACACAGCGGUGACGGAGGACGACGAGGAUGAGGUGCGGGAAAAAUGGGCCAAACGCGUGCAGGACAUCCAGGCCAAGAUGCAAGAGGUUUUGAGUCAGUGCAAAGACGACACCGUCCACGAUCCAAGUUUGAAGAAGGGGAGAGGUGGGGGUCAUGUCAGUAAAUAAUCCCUACUCUCUGUCCACUGGAAUUCACCACUGGCUGUGCAGUGUGACUUCAGUGUUCCAGCCCUGCUAAAAUGCAAAUAUUGUUUAUUAUUAUAUUGGAUUAUAUCCUAAAGUGCAUAGUGGUGAAGUCCAGUGGUUCCUUCUUGACAAGACCAGAGAUUCAAGAGAGGUUUAGUGGAUGAGAGGAGGAAUUUGGUGAUUAAAAGUGUGGAAAGGGGGUUUCUGUUUUUUCAGAAACCAGUUAAUCAAGCAGACCAAGUUAAGCAAACAAAUCAAAUGUAUAUUAUUAAUAAAACACAAAAUUCAAAGCAAUCACAUUGAUUUUCUGUUUUUAUUCAUAUAAGCUGAAGGCCAUUUAUUUGAGUCAAGAGAACUCAAUGUUGUUGAGGCAGUUGUUCCUAGUUUGUCAAGAUCCUCUGAUUGUCUGUCAAUGUUUCCAUGCUGCCUUUAAUAAAGUCUGAAUUAUGACCUCAUUAAA